GUAGAGGUAGCACCAGGUGGCUUUAAGUCACUAUUGCGUCAUCAAAAGGCGACGUGGCUGCAUGAUUCUCAGAACAAACGUGAAACGUUGGUGUAAAAACUGGAAAGUUUCCUCUUUUGAACUUGAGACCUCACAACUUUCUCUUCCUUUUUCAUUCAACAUCUGUCCAGUUUGCCCGCUAAUGAAUCCAUUAAUUAGACCGAGACUUCCUCAGUCUGUGAGGAGCCUUCUGACGGAUAUCGGCCCGAAGACGGAGUGGACUGACACAGAGGCCGACACAGUGAACAGAGAUGGGAUUUUGCUCCCGUCCAGAGGAGCUGCUUCUGCACAAGAGGAGUUUCUCACGCCAGCCGAAACACAAGGGGAAGAGGCUGCAGUGGAUGGUAGUAACACCAGAAGUGCAGUCUGCAUGCUGUGUAAAUGUAAGCCCUCUUGUUACACCUGCCCUCGAUGUAACCUGCAUUACUGUGGCUUGGCUUGCUACCAGAGCCCCGAUCACUCUGUGUGCUCUGAGGAGUUUUACAAGGAGUCCGUUCUACAGGAGCUGAAGGAUAUGGGGAAAACAGAAAGUGAGGGGAGAAAGAAAAUGCAGGAGGUUCUUUUGGGACUCAGACAAAAGGCGGAAAGGACAGAUGGGGGCAUGGAAAGCUUGUUAAAAGAAGCGGGUAUUGUGACCUAUGACACAGACGAAGGGGAAGGAGAGGCAGCAGAGAAAGUGCGGAUUGUGGAGCUCCUGUCCAGGUUAGCAGAGCUUCAACAGUCUGGAGAAGGGAGUGAAACAGAGAUUGAGGCUAUUUUGAGGAAACUCGAAGAAGUUGGAGGAGGGGAGGUGCUGCCUGGAGAUGUGGAUCAGGAUGCGGGAUGUGCAAAAGGAGAGCUGGACUUGGCUGAUCGGCUCUCAGGGCUGGAUAUUGACAAACUUUCUGAAGAGGAGCUGUGGGAACUUCUUAACAGUAAAGAGAAAGAGAUGUUUAUGGGUCUGAUGAAGGGUGGAGCUCUUGGCGGGCUGGUUCCCUUGUGGAAGCCGUGGUGGGAGGAGCAUGAGGAGGGAGGUAGAGCGCUGGUGGAGGUGCUUGAGGAGGAAGUGAGCAAACUGGAGAGAGAAAAUUCAACAACUGUGGAUGGACGGGAUGUUGAUAACAUAGCCGAGACAGCACAAGAAGUGGUUCAGAGUCGGGGCAAAUCAGCUAUGAAGCUGAGAAAGAUUAAAGGAAACAGAAAGGAAACAAGCAAAGGCAAGGAGAAUUCAUCCGUUCCCAGUGUCCCUCCAAUAUCUGCCAAAAUUCAAAAGUUGAGUUCCUUGUGUGCAAAUCCAUCUCCCCUGGUGUGCUAUGGUUUGGUCAAUGCACUUUUUGGCUACACCUUCACCCUGUGCCUGUAUAAUGGUGACACUGAUUCACUGAUGUUUGAGUUCUGUGACAUGAUUCUUGCUCUGUCUGAGGCACUAAACUCAAGCAGGGUGUUCAACUCUGUCCAAGAGGCCUUAGACUGUGGAGAAAGUCUCAUUUUGGGUGGAGGUUACCUCGACAAGGAGGACCAUCUUGCCCCAGCCAGGGCGGUUGAAGCCGUGGCUCACAUCAUGACCGGCAGAGACAGAAAGAAUGCCACAGGAUACUGCCUGGCCGCCUUGAGUCAGCUUCGUUCAUUGCUCUCCCGAGCCAGAACAGCACUGUCAAAAGAGGGCGAGGAUGGGACAAGGAGACAGAAGUACUUCCUUGCAAGCAAGAAGUGUGAAUUCUUUCAAGCCUGGGUGUUGGACAAUGCACAGCAGAUUCGUAGACUAGCUAUUGACUUGUGGAAUGAACACACUAAAAGAGAGAGUGUAAGGAGUAGCAUGGAGAAAGCAAAGACUGUGGUUGAGGAGAACUUGAAGAAAGGAAAGACCAAAGGGAAUAGUAAGUUAAUUGAAGAACUGAACUAAUUAAGUGUAUCAAUGUUUGUAAAAGUUCAUGUUGUAAUAAAAAUAUAUUAACCUAAUUUA